AUGUACCUGUGUCGUGGCUGGGAGCAGUUCGUCCGUACCUACGACCUAAGGCACGGGUACUUCCUUGUCUUCAGGUACGACGGCGACGCCAUGCUCACCGUGAAGGUGUUCAACACGACUAUGUGCCGCAUGCGCUACCAGGACGACGACGAUGCCAGCAAUCGGAGCAGCGGCUCUGGCUAUAACCAAAGCAGCAGCGAGUUUGGCUACAGCGAAAGCAGCAGCAAGGAUGAUCCGGAAUGGAGUGGGGAAGAAGAGGAGCAGAGUGGGGAUGAGGAGACUAGUCUAACUGGGCCGGCCAUGCUGGACACUAGCAUGUUGGCCGAAUAUGCUAGGCACGCAUGCACGGGAGUGCACAGCGGCCAUGGCCUACGGCGGCAGCAGCAGCAAGCAGUAGCCAAGAGCAACAGCGGUAGUGAUUUGGAGCAGCAGCGACAUGGAUUAGAAGCCGGGAGCAGCAGUAGCGGCGGCAUGAGCAGCAGCCAAAGCAGCAGGAGCGUAGCAGGAGGCAGUAGCAAGCAGCGGCAAGCAGUAGGCAACAGCGGACGAGGCAGCAGGCGGGCGUGA